GACAAUCUACAUCUCAUUUGAGCACAAUAUUUUGCUUUGGAUUUGCUUUCAAAUUGGAUUCACAAUAUGUCAAAAUUCUUAGUGUACAAACUAAAACGAAUGAUAAAAUGUUCUAAAUUGUUCUUUACUCAAUAUCUAAAUAGAGAAACAAAUUGCAAAAGUAACUUUAAUUUUCUUACAAAAGAGACACAAAUUAAAGCAACUAUACUACUGUGGAUACCUUGCCUUUUUCAAACACUGGGUAAACUUUUUGAGCGUAGGGUUAUGUUCACCCACACCAUGGAGUGGAAAACAUCAAUCAUUCACACAACCACCACCAUUCCUACUUUUUCCUCUCUUUUUUCCCCCCCUUCUCACAAAUCAUUUACCAUCAUCUCCUUUUUACAUCUAUCAAAGUAUAUUAUGAAGUUAAUAAACUGAUUAAUGAAAAAUUUCUGUUGAUAUUAUUUGAUAACCUUAUGUCAUUACAUAAUUCAAUCCUUAUGUUUACAUGCAAUUUUAACAUAGAACGUACAUUUAUUCUUCAUGAGUUCUGUUCCUGAUCAAUCCGUUGUACGUAACUUUUGUUUUUACUUUCUUUAGUUUUUGUUUUAUCUCUUUUUUUCUGGACUACGACACUGCAUUAAAAAAAAAACAUAACAGACCAUACGAAAAAAGAUUAAAGAAAAGAGAAAAAGAAAAUUUUAAAGAUUCCAUGUCUUUGUCGUUUUCUCUCAAUUUCAAUAAAAAGAAAGAUACAUUUCUCUCUUCACACUCUCACUCACUCACUCUUCUCUUUCCCGCUCAUCCGCCAUGGCUGCUAAACCUCUUCUUCCUCUUCUCCUCCUUCUCCUUCUUCACCUCUCAAUCUCCAUCGCUCAAAACGAUACAAAUGCACUCACACUCUUCCGUCUCCAAACUGACACACACGGCAACCUCGCCGGAAACUGGACCGGCUCCGACGCAUGUUCCUCCUCAUGGCACGGCGUUUCUUGCUCACCAUCUUCACACCGCGUCACCGAACUCUCUCUCCCUUCCCUCUCCUUACGAGGACCAUUAACCUCUCUCUCCUCCUUAGACCACCUUCGUCUUCUUGAUCUCCACGAUAACAGACUCAACGGCACCGUUUCACCACUCACAAACUGUACAAACCUCAGACUCGUUUAUCUCGCCGGUAACGAUCUCUCCGGUGAGAUACCUAAAGAGAUCUCUUUUCUUAAACGAAUGAUACGUCUUGAUCUCUCUGAUAACAAUAUCCGUGGAGUUAUACCAAGAGAGAUUCUCGGGUUUACCCGUAUUUUAACGAUCCGGCUCCAGAACAAUGAGUUAACGGGUCGGAUCCCGGAUUUUUCUCAGAUGAAGUCACUUCUUGAAUUGAAUGUUUCGUUCAAUGAAUUGCACGGAAAUGUCUCCGACGGUGUGGUGAAGAAAUUUGGAGACUUGAGCUUUUCCGGUAACGAAGGAUUAUGCGGGUCGGAUCCUUUACCGGUUUGUUCUUUGACAAAUAACCCGGAAUCUUCAAACACUGAUCAGAUUGUUCCGUCGAAUCCUACGUCGAUUCCGCAUUCUCCGGUUACCGUCGGAGAACCGGAAAUUCACGGCCAUAGAGGGGUUAAACCGGGAAUAAUCGCCGCGGUUAUCAGCGGUUGUGUGGCGGUUAUUGUUUUAGUAUCUUUCGGUUUUGCUUUCUGUUGUGGAAGAUUAGACCGUAGCGGCGGUGGAGGAUCAAAACCCGGAAGUGUAGAGAGUGGUUUCGUCGGAGGAGAAGGGAAGAGACGAAGCAGCUACGGCGAAGGAGGAGAGAGUGAUGCGACGUCGGCGACAGAUAGGAGCAGACUUGUGUUUUUCGAGAGGAGGAAACAGUUUGAGCUUGAGGAUUUGUUGAAAGCAUCUGCGGAAAUGCUUGGGAAAGGAAGUUUAGGGACGGUGUACAAGGCGGUGCUUGACGACGGCUCAACAACGGUGGCGGUGAAGCGGCUAAAAGACGCGAAUCCAUGUCCGAGGAAAGAGUUUGAGCAGUACAUGGAGAUUAUUGGUAGAAUUAAACACCAAAGCGUUGUUAAGCUCAGAGCUUAUUAUUACGCUAAAGAAGAGAAGCUCUUAGUUUAUGAGUAUCUUCCUAAUGGAAGCUUACACUCUCUUCUUCAUGGGAACCGAGGUCCUGGACGGAUUCCAUUAGAUUGGACUACGAGGAUUAGUCUAAUGUUAGGAGCAGCGAGAGGAUUAGCGAAGAUUCACGACGAGUAUAGCAUCUCAAAGAUUCCUCACGGCAACAUCAAAUCCUCCAAUGUUCUAUUGGACAGAAACGGCGUCGCGUUAAUCGCUGAUUUCGGUUUAUCACUUUUGCUAAACCCGGUUCAUGCUAUCGCACGGUUAGGAGGCUACCGUGCGCCGGAACAGUCAGAGAUCAAACGGCUCUCUCAGAAAGCUGAUGUGUACAGCUUCGGUGUGUUGCUUCUCGAGGUUUUAACAGGAAAAGCUCCCUCGAUUUUCCCGUCUCCUUCGAGACCUAGAUCAGCGGCGUCGGUGGCGGUGGAGGAGGAGGAAGAAGCGGUGGUUGAUUUGCCGAAGUGGGUUAGGUCGGUGGUGAAGGAGGAAUGGACGGCGGAGGUUUUUGAUCCGGAGCUUUUGAGGUAUAAGAAUAUUGAGGAGGAGAUGGUGGCGAUGCUUCAUAUCGGUUUAGCUUGCGUCGUGCCUCAGCCGGAGAAGAGGCCGACGAUGGCGGAGGUUGUUAAGAUGGUUGAGGAGAUUAGAGUUGAGCAAUCUCCGGUUGGUGAAGAUUUUGAUGAGUCAAGGAACUCAAUGUCGCCGUCGUUGGCUACCACCGAAGACGGCUAAGUUUUUUUUUUUUUCCCCGUUGCUUUUGUAAAAUAUCUAUCGUUUGGAUCUUGUCGAAUUUAAGGUUCUUGCUUAGAAUCCCUGAUUUGCGAACUUGUCGGAGUUUUUUUAGCCAUGUUUUUGUGUCUUUGACGGUUUGUGAUUUUGUAACAUUUAUGGGUUAUUGUGGAUUUAUGAAACUGUUUCAAAUAAUAUGUUAUAUAACCCA